UUUUUUUUCCCUUUCCUGCCAAACCAGAAUUAGCCGGUAUACAGGAAUGAACGAGCUUGAAGAUUUGAAAAUGCACCGAUUGGAAGAAAGCCCUAGUUAGGGUCGGGCACCUCCAGACGCACCUUUUUUUAAGCCACCACCGAGGCGUGGAGCUUUGAGCUCCGCCAAGUGCACACCUGGCCUGGCGGCGGGCGGCAGACCAGCCGGGGAGCCCCGCUCGAGCGCACGGAGCCGGGCGGAGAGCCGAGACGCCGGCAUCUCCGGGAUGAUGGGCGACAUCGCAACAUAUCGCUACGCGCAGCGGCUCCGCCGGCUCGGAGCAGACCAGCGACCUCGGGGAUCCGGGCGGGGAGCCGAGUGAGGCCGCAGCCCGGCGGGCCGCGGGCGGAAAAUCUUGGAAAAUGUAUACAAGUCAUGAAGAUAUUGGGUAUGAUUUUGAAGAUGACGCUAAAGCUAAGAAGACACUGAAGCCCCACCCAGACGUUGAUGGCGGCUGGGCCUGGAUGAUGGUCCUGUCGUCUUUCUUUGUGCACAUCCUCAUCAUGGGCUCCCAGAUGGCCCUGGGAGUCCUCAAUGUGGAGUGGCUGGAAGAAUUCCACCAGAGCCGGGGCCUGACCGCAUGGGUCAGCUCCCUCAGCAUGGGCAUCACCUUGAUCGUGGGACCUUUCAUCGGCCUGUUCAUCAACACCUGCGGCUGCCGCCGGACGGCCAUAGUGGGAGGGCUGGUCAACUCCCUGGGCUGGGUGCUGAGCGCCUAUGCCGCCAAUGUGCACUAUCUCUUCCUUACCUUCGGAGUGGCAGCCGGCCUGGGCAGCGGGAUGGCCUACCUGCCGGCCGUGGUCAUGGUGGGGAAGUAUUUCCAGAAGAGACGAGCCCUGGCCCAGGGCCUCAGCACCACGGGGACUGGGUUCGGCACGUUCCUAAUGACCGUGCUGCUUAAGUACCUGUGUGCCGAGUACGGAUGGCGGAACGCCAUGUUCAUCCAGGGUGCCGUCUCCUUAAACCUGUGUGUUUGCGGGGCACUCAUGAGGCCCCUCUCCCUUCCCAAAGACAGAAACAACCCAGGGGGGAAAGAUCCGGGAGUCCUCCCCGCGGUGCUCUCCACGGAAUCUGUGAAGUCAGACGGACGGCUGGGGGGAACAGAAGAGAAGCGUGGGGGGCUCGGGAACGAGGAGACCCUUUGUGACCGUCAAGCCCAGGAGAGCCCAGAAGAGGCCUGGCACGGGAAGAACAUGUGUGCCCUGCGGGUUCUGAAGGCAGUCAGCCAGCUGACCCUGAGGGUCAGGAGGGGCUUCUCUGACUGGUACUCCGGCUACUUCGGGACAGCCUCGCUCUUUACCAACCGGAUGUUUGUAGCCUUUAUUUUCUGGGCUUUGUUUGCAUACAGCAGCUUUGUCAUCCCUUUCAUUCACCUCCCUGAAAUAGUCAAUUUGUAUAAUUUAUCGGAGCAAAAUGAUGUUUUCCCUCUGACUUCAAUUAUAGCAAUAGUUCACAUCUUUGGGAAGGUGAUCCUGGGCAUCGUGGCUGACUUACCUUGCAUCAGCGUUUGGAACGUCUUCCUGAUGGCCAACUUCACCCUCGUCGUCAGUAUUUUCAUUCUGCCGUUGAUGCACACAUAUGCUGGCCUGGCAGUCAUCUGUGCACUAAUAGGCUUUUCCAGUGGUUAUUUCUCCCUAAUGCCUGUCGUGACUGAAGACCUUGUUGGCAUCGAACACCUGGCCAACGCCUACGGCAUCAUCAUCUGUGCCAAUGGCAUCUCUGCAUUGCUGGGACCACCUUUUGCAGGGUGGAUCUACGACAUGACACAAAAAUAUGAUUUUUCCUUCUAUAUGUGUGGUCUGCUUUACAUGGUAGGAAUAAUCUUCCUGCUCAUUCAACCAGGUAUUCGAAUCAUAGAACAAUACAGACGCAAAUACAUGGACGGUGCCCGUGUUUAGUGUGAUGUAACGUCUCAUGUCAGAUUUCAUUGUGAUAACUCACGCCUACCUCACAUGGUUGCUGUGAGGCACCUAUGACAAAACGUGGGAAAGCACUUUGUGCAGUAGCUGGCAUUGUCAUUUAUAAAUGUCACUGUUAUGGCCUCAUUUGUAAGCAGGACUUGCCUCUGUGGAGAAGCAAUACAGAAGGUCUACAUGUGUUUAGAGAUGAUAAUGUUCUUCAAAGACAGUGUAUUAAAUGAUUGGUAGACAUGCCCUAAUAAAAACUAUUCUUUCAUCCUCUACUGGGACUAGGGUUUUAGAGUUUUUAAGGCAAAAAUAGGGAAUAAAAGGUUUUCAACUCAACUGCUUCUUUGUAAGGCAAAACUGAAGUCUCUCUAUGCUUCUGGAAAGCUCUAAGAUAAAUGGAUUUCAAGCACAAGAAUAUGACUCUAUUCCACAAAUUAAUUAUUACAGGGAGCAUUUGGUCUACCACUAUAAAACAAAGGCAGGCUGUAACAAUUAA